CGCAGCCCGCCCGCGCGGGGCGGGGCGGGGCGGGGCGCGAGCUGGCGGCGAGCGCUGGGCGGGUCCGCGGCGAGGUCGGUCGGGCCUCGUUCUUCGGUGCGUCCGCGAUUGACAAAACUUCACUGAAGAUGUCUAAGCAACAACCAGCUCAGUUUAUAAAUCCAGAAACCCCUGGCUAUGUUGGAUUUGCAAAUCUUCCCAAUCAAGUUCAUCGAAAAUCAGUGAAAAAAGGUUUUGAAUUCACACUAAUGGUGGUCGGCGAAUCGGGUCUUGGAAAAUCAACUCUCAUCAACAGCCUCUUCCUGACGGAUCUCUACCCAGAAAGAGUCAUACCUGGAGCUGCAGAGAAAAUUGAAAGAACUGUCCAAAUUGAGGCUUCAACUGUUGAGAUUGAAGAGCGAGGGGUCAAGCUGCGGCUGACCGUGGUGGACACGCCAGGCUACGGGGACGCCAUCAACUGCAGGGACUGCUUUAAGACAAUCAUCUCCUACAUCGAUGAGCAGUUUGAACGGUACCUGCAUGAUGAGAGUGGUUUGAACAGACGGCACAUCAUAGAUAACAGGGUGCACUGCUGCUUUUACUUUAUUUCUCCCUUCGGACACGGACUGAAGCCCUUGGAUGUUGCGUUUAUGAAGGCGAUACACAACAAGGUGAAUAUCGUGCCUGUCAUUGCGAAAGCCGACACGCUCACGCUGAAGGAGCGGGAGCGCCUGAAGAAAAGGAUUCUGGAUGAAAUUGAAGAGCAUAACAUCAAAAUCUAUCACUUACCUGAUGCAGAGUCAGAUGAGGAUGAAGACUUUAAGGAGCAGACUCGGCUCCUCAAGGCCAGUAUCCCGUUCUCUGUGGUGGGAUCCAAUCAGCUGAUCGAAGCCAAAGGCAAGAAGGUGAGAGGCCGCCUCUACCCAUGGGGCGUCGUGGAGGUGGAGAACCCAGAGCACAACGACUUCCUGAAGCUGAGGACGAUGCUCAUCACUCACAUGCAGGACCUCCAGGAGGUGACCCAGGACCUUCACUACGAGAACUUCCGAUCCGAGAGGCUCAAAAGAGGCGGCAGAAAAGUGGAAAAUGAGGACAUGAAUAAAGACCAGAUCUUGCUGGAAAAGGAAGCUGAGCUCCGCCGCAUGCAGGAGAUGAUCGCCCGGAUGCAGGCGCAGAUGCAGCUGCAGAUGCAGGGCGGGGACGGCGACGUGGCGGCCCACGGGCACCACGUGUGAGAAAACACUUUGCAAGAUAAACGUUCUGAUGAGUAACACAGCUGCGUGCUUUCAAGACUGUUGGAGGGGUGCCUGUCCACAUUUUACAGUACCUGUGCCUGAGAAUUUAAUUCUUUAAAAACUUUUGAUGUGUUAUUUUGUAUGAAGUACCUUAACAUUUAUAUUUCAUUCUUAUAUUAUACUUUAUAUUUUGUGAGGUUAACUUUCUAUUUUUCGUUUUUUCUUCCACCUUAACUAACCACUAAUGUUAGAAUUGAUUCCCAGGGACCAGCCAGCAUGUAUAGUUAGUAGUUGAAUUUGAUUUGGCUGGCCUAACCGACUAAUUAUGAUUUGUUUCUAGAACGUUCAGAUUUCCCAUAAUGUUCUUGAGUAGUGGAGACAUGGACCCAGUGACACAGAAAGAUGAGCUGCCCUGGUGCAAGUCACGGCACCUGGUUCUCUGCCUUGCUUUGUUUGAGCACAACAUCUAAAACCAGUUUUGCUGCUAUAACUCAAUACUGUUAAUCCACCUGCACAUUUAUCUGUUUACCAAACGAAACAGAAUUAUCCAAUUAGAUGUAUGUUUAUACUUAGAUAGCUUUUUAAAAAACAGGCUUUUAGGGGCAAAUUUUUUAACAAGUCUGGAUUCUGAGGUCAUUUUUUAAACCACUGUGCAGAAAACUCGCCACAAGCCACUUUCCAUAGAGUUCACCAUGAAAAAUCAAAGUAUCCAUGAGCUGCAGUUUUCAUGUUGCAGCUAAGAUUCUUACCUACGCAAUGAGAGUCAAUAAACUAUUUUUACUCAACUAAAUUUAAAAAAUAACUUUUUAGGGAAAAUUAACAAUUGAUCUGUACAGAAACCAGCCUUUUUAUAUUUUUAUACUUCACUUUCAUGUAUUUUCUGUAACUGCAGGUAUAGAAGACGUGCCUCAGCAGUGAAAAUCAGGGUCCUCGGGCAGGUGGCCUGAGGCCUCAGCCCCCGGGAGCCAGGGUGCCUGCCAGGUUUUCCUGAUCUGGCCUUCCUUGACCGAGUCUUUUCUGAAUGGUUUCCAGGCAGAUAGCAGUGAUCCUUUUAUAUGUGUGGGCUGUCUAGUCCAAUUCCAGCCACCGUCACUUCCUUCAUUAUGUGUUACACACAUUUGUCCACAUCUCGUGUGAGAAGGCUGUUUCGGAUCUGCACUGUGGGCUGACUGACCGGUGCCACCAGUUGAAGGCUGGUUUCCUGUGCCCUGUGGCCUUGGCCCUUCCCUGCCGUCCUAACUGGUCUCCUUGUCGUGCACUCCAAGGGGCACUGAUGCUUUGGGGGUUGCCCUUUUUCAGCAUUUGUAUUGACGUGGGGAAAUUGGUCCCCCAAAAGUGACAGAUAAAAGGAGAUCUGGAGGGAGCGGGUGCUGGUUGAGUGUUUUCAUUUUGCUAGAACAAGAGGGGUUGCGAUGAAGAAAAUGUUUUACUCCAAGGAUGAGGAGGGGGUGCUGUAUUCAGCAGGCAGAACAGAAGGUGAGAUGGUUACAGAAGUGUACUGCAGAAAACCGUCUGGUGCUGCUGACUCUCGGUUGGCUUUGGGGAACUGCGAAUGGUCAGGAGCUAUAGGUUUAGGCACAUUGUGCAAAGUUUCUGUCAGUAAAAAGUGUCUCAUGACUUUAGGGCCGUUCCGUGCAAGGCCGGUUGUUUGGGUUAUUUUGGCAUUUAUUAACCAUGCUGGUAAAAGCUGUUUUAAAAAAGGGGUGGGAUGUGCUGGCCCUUGAAAGUUGUUGAUGUAAGUCCUGUAUAGUGAAACCACCACUUAGUGCUAGCCGUCCCCUAAUGGUUAUGCGGGGUGGGUGGGCCUACGGACUUACACUGUUACCGUUUUAAAUUCCUUUUCGUUUUGCUGCCCAAAUCUAAAUACUUUUGCUAAUAGAUAGUUGCUCUUUUACUAAGAGAUAAUCUUCACCUAUAAAAAUGUAUUUUGAAAACUCAUUUUACACAGCAGUUUUGUGUCCAUUGAAACUAACCUUUUACCAAUAAAGCACUAUUGUUUAGAUACGAA